AUGCGCCUCUUACCUCUUUUACUCUAUGGGACUUUGAUUCCUACUAUCUCCGCCAUUCCUGCCGCUUCCAGUAUCGUGCCACCGCCCCAACCUCAGCCUGCCCUUGUCCAUGCCUCUGAGCCGCGCCCGUGGACCCGUCUCCGUGACUGGGUCAUCAAUUCUGUCUGGGGAACCGGUCGCUGUUCAUCCCACAAACAUAUAGGCCCACCGCUCAAUGUACGAGAACGAUAUGAGACUGAUGUGGUCCUCCGCUUUCACUUGCGUCAUCCGGAGGAGGCAGAAGCGUUGGCCUCGGCAUCACAGGCCCUCAUCCUAGAUGUCUGGGCUAUCACGGCAGAAUAUGUAGAUAUCCGUCUGACUGAUGAUAUGAUUCCCUCCUUGCUUGACUUGCUCCCUCCCUCGCUCCGCACGGCCCAUACCCCCCUCAUGGAUGAUCUAGUAGACAUGAUCUACAGUACGUAUCCGAGACAGCAUCCCAAAAGCUGGAAGACCGAACAUGGAUUUGCGCCGAGUGGUCGAGUAUCCACAGUCGACGAUGUCUUCUUCCGCGAAUACCAGCCGCUCUCGGUUAUCGUGCAAUGGAUGAAAUUGAUGGCGUCGAUGUUUUCGUCGCAUGUCCAAUUCACGAGCAUUGGCCUAUCGUAUGAAGACCGUGAAAUCCCAGCCCUCCGACUAGGUUCCUUGAAUUCGAACAUCCAAUCCACAGGACCGCGGAAGACAAUUGUGAUUGUCGGUGGUCUACAUGCUCGCGAAUGGAUUAGUACAUCAACUGUCACCUAUGUCGCAUACAGCCUGAUCACCCAGUAUGGCCAAUCACAAGCUGUCACCCAUCUCCUGGAUGAGUAUGACUGGGUGUUAGUUCCAACUCUAAACCCGGAUGGAUACGCCUACUCAUGGGAGUCGGACCGUCUAUGGCGUAAGAACAGACAAUCAACUGGUCUUCCAUUCUGCCCUGGAGUGGAUUUGGACCGGGCUUGGGGCUUUGAAUGGGAUGGAGAAUCCACUCGCUCAAACCCAUGCAAUGAGAAUUACGCCGGCUCGGAGCCUUUCGAGGCACUGGAAUCGUAUCGGCUCGCCCAGUGGGCGAAGAAUGAGACGUCUAGCGGUCGGGCGGAUAUUGUGGGCUUCUUGGAUUUACACUCCUACUCACAGCAGAUUCUAUACCCUUAUUCAUACACCUGCUCUUCUGUCCCUCCGACACUCGAAAGUCUCGAAGAACUGGCUUUGGGCCUGGCGAAGGCAAUCCGUCAUGCCUCCGGGGAACUCUAUGACGUGACGUCUGCCUGCGAGGGGAUCCUAAGUUCGGGCUCAGCUGCUAUUGUUACCUCGGGCGGUAGCGCCUUGGACUGGUUCUAUCACGACUUGCACGCCCGAUACUCGUACCAGAUCAAACUGCGAGACCGCGGUAGCUACGGGUUCUUGGUUCCGUCCGAACACAUUGUUCCCACCGGCGAAGAGAUCUUCCAUGCCGUGCUGGCAUUCGGCAAAUUUAUCUGGGAUGAGAACGUUAUUGCUCCUACUGAAUUUGACUCUUCGACGGAUCAACAGCCACUGGCUUGA